AUGGACUCUGAAGCACCUGCUCAGCUCAUCGUUUGUGAAGUGUGUGGCUCAUUCUUUGAUACACGCCGGGGGCUCGCCAACCAUGCCAGGGUGCACCUUCGCCAGCUUGGUGUAUCUGAACCUGGGGCCGCUCCCAUAGACCUUCUAUACCGGCUUAUAGCAGAGAGAGAUGGGGUCAAAGCACACUCAAGUCAUUCUGAGUUCAGCCCAAACCAACAAAGGCCACUCCAGAAGGCCAGUCCAGUGUGUGCUGAGGAUGAGGGCAUCGUGUACAACGCAGGGCAUAGAGUCUCAACAACCUCCCAAAGCACUUCACUUCUGCCAUUGUCGUCAUCUGCUCUUAAAAUGGUUGAGUCUAGAUUAAGCGACUCUGGGAACUCUUCUACCUUAGAAACGUUAACGAAGCCGCUUUGGGCUCCCCUGGCGACAGACGCUCCCAUCACUUUAGAUACUCCUGAUGCGGAACUCCACGUGUGCCUACUUUGCGGAUGCUGGUGUGAAACUCGCAAAGGCCUGUCCAGUCAUGCCAGAUCUCACCUUCGCCAAUUGGGGAUCCCAGAUGGAGAUGGAAACCCUAUUGAGACUCUUUACCAGCUGAUGGAGGAGGAAGAUCUCAAACCGAUCAACUGUGAAACUAAUCCAGGUCUCGCCUCCAGCCCUUCGGCCAAAGCCACCAAACGCCCAGCUGAAGCAUCCUCACCAAUGAUGUCUACACCAAGCAAGCAGCCAAAAAAAGGACAUUUUCACUGUAAUUUGUGCGGAGACACAUUUGAGAACCACAAGGGCUUAGCCAUUCACUCACGCUACCAUCUUCGCCACUUUGGGGUGGACGACUUACUUGGGAAAGAGUCCGCUAUCGAAGCCAUUCAGGAGUUGAUUGAGAGCGGCGUGUUGAAACCUCUUCCCAAAAAGCAAGCUCAAAUGUCAGGUUCUCCUGUUCAGCCAGUUCAGGCUUUGUCCCCAAUCACAUCCAAUUCUCCCCUAACACCAAACCGUGCUCCAAAGGCUAAAAAAGGCUUCCGGUUUGCUGUAGAUCCUUUUUUUAGAAAACCAAAGCUGGAGACUACAGACGAUGAUGCUCAACUGGGUGGUAGCAGCUCCACUCUACCUGCUCCAAAACUACUGAUUGACGAUUCAGACAAACCACCAACAGUUCCCUGUGAGUACUGCAGCCAGCUGUUCGACACCCGUAAAGCUCUGUCCUGUCACGUCCGUUGUCAUUUGAGGGAACUGGGAGUCGCGUUGCCUCUCAAUACUUCUCCCAUCGAGCUUCUCAAAGAAAUCAUGAUUCAGCAAGCGGAAGAGGGGAAAAACGCAUCCAGUGGUGCUAAAGUCUCAGGAAAGGCCCCAGCUCCUAAAAGAUCCCUGGAUACUCUGGUCCAAGCUGAACAGUCCUCAAAAUCAAACUCCCCUCUGGACUUUUCCAUGAAAGAGAAAUCCCCGCCUGGCAAAAUGACUGCAAACAGAAAUGGCCGUGCGUGUGAGCUGUGUGGCUUUGAGUUUGACAACCGCAAGGCUUUGGCGAGUCACGCCCGUGCGCAUCUCCGGCAGCUGGGCAUCGAGUGGAAGGCUGAUGGCACGAGUUCUCCCAUCGAGCUCCUGAGUGACAUCAUCAAGAAAGCCCCUUCCAAGGUGGCCCAAGUGACGCAGCGCUACAGAAUGGGCGAUCUGUACAUACGAAAGACCCAGCGGCCUGCGUCGCCUUCUCAAUCAACCGACUCAGACUCCGUUCAGAGCUUGAAGGAAAAGAAAGUGUCAUCCAGACAGAUGCACAACCCCGGGUCAACUGUGGAUCAACAUGUGUUUACCACUAAAGUUACAGCGCUGCCUCUUGCUCCAAAAGCACCAGUGUCUCUUGUGGAGGAGAUCCAGGACUCUCAGCCCACACGUCCAGGCAGCAUCCCUGCAAUGCUCCCCAAGCCUCCACUCACUCCUCUGGUCAAAGUGGUGGGAAAAGUUUACUCUCUCAAGUGCAGAUUCUGUGAUGAGGUUUUUAACGGCCCCCUCUCAGUGCAGCAGAAGUGGAUCACACAUUUGCAAAAGCACAUCCGGACACUGGGAUACAAAGGCAAAGCUUCUCCUCCAUCUGCCCCAAUGAAAACCCCGGCUAUGGGCCGCGCAGUCGCUGUCUAA